UAAACUAAAAAUAUUCCACACCUGGCCUUUACACCUGGCUAUCGGUACAUUCCAAAUUAGGAACGAUCUCAGUUUGUGAUAUUUCGUCUAUAGACAGCGCUUAGUUUAGGAGUUAUUUGAUAAGUUUCGUUUCUCCGCCUGCUAAGUUUCGUUUUCUCUGAGGGCGCAGUCGAGUGUGCUGUCAGUGAGCGUCGACAACCUGGACGUGUCACAAUGGCGGAAAACAUGUCUCUGCUCGGUCUCGAGGACGAGUUGACUUGCAGUAUCUGUUUAUGUCUAUUCGAGAACCCGGUGAGUUUAAUCUGUGGACACAGUUUCUGCGCCAACUGUCUCGAAGCGACGUGGAACGACACGACAUCGUCUCUCUCCUGCCCUCAGUGCCGAAUGGUGUUCUCAAGUAAACCUGAACUAAAGAAGAACACCGUCCUCGGCGCGGUGCUGGACGCCUACAGGAUAAAAGCAGGUGUCUCUGAACCCGUCAAGGAACAUUUUGAGGUGAAAAAGAAAGAUCCAGAUGCGAUUAAAUGCGACAACUGCAUGGAAGCCAAAGCCGUCAAAACUUGCCUGACGUGUAUGGCGUCUUACUGUGAGGAUCAUGUCAGGCCUCACCGGGAGAAUGCCGUUUUUCGGGCGCAUCAGCUCUCUGAUCCUCUGCCAGAUCUGAUGGAGCGUCUCUGUUCAAAUCAUGGCAAACUGAUGGAGUUCUACUGCAAUCAGCACCAGAGCUGCAUGUGCAGUGCCUGUCUGCAGGACGUGCAUAAAGGCUGUGAGUUUGUCACGGCAGAUGAGCGACGCUACAAGCAAAAGACUGAUCUGACCGACAAACUCAACCUCCUUGAUGUAAAAACGGACAAGAAUCAGCAGGUUAUCACACAAAUGAAGGAGCAACAGAUCAAAUUAAAGGACCUAGCUACAACCCGCAAACGUAUUCUUGAGGCGGAAUACAGGCAGAUUAGAGAAAUGAUUGAGCGAGAUGAGAAAGAAGCCAUGCUGGCUAUCGAUAAGGAACAGGAGAAAGGUCAGAUCAAACUGGUCUCCUUGAUGAAAAAAUUUAAUGAGAACAUCGAGAAGAUGAGUAGGACCAAAUCUGAGAUCAACAUUCUGCUGGACCAGUCACAGUCACUAGCGUUCUUAAAGGCCUCCGUGGAUUUGCCCUCGGUGGUAAAUUUUGAGCCUCAUAACCCCCGUAUGAACGUGGAAGGUAAAGAGGUGAUAGCUUAUCAUUCCACUGCAGUUGCACUAAAGGAGUGGAUCACCAAAUUAAUGGAGAAGCCGUUAGAAAACAGAAUCUGUGUACUUAAACCAGAGUUUGAGAAAUCUGUUCUUGAUGCAGGUCUAGGAAUCAAAUUCCCAGUAAUCCCAAGUGAUAUUCCUGCCCUCCUGCCAAAUCCAAAUCCUAUAUGGAUGCAAAAGGCACCAAUUAUGUGGCAUGAACCUACACCUCAUUUGAGACCUCCCAGUCCAAGCCGUGGCCUCAAGACCAAGCCUUCAGGAACUAAACAGAAAAAUACCAGCAAGACAGCUAAAGAUCAGAAGGAUCACAAAGAGCACAAAGACCAGAAGCCAAACAAAACUAGGAAUCCCUCUAAAGGAGCAAAUCCUGUUUUCUCCAAAAGCAUGGAAAACUUGCUUGACAUCACAACUAAAACUGUAGACAUGCCUGACAUAAAUUCACUUGCUAUUUCACCAGCCGUGCAAAACUUUGUUAAACGAAGUGACCUUCUGAAAUGUGGCGCUGUCCUCAAUUUUGACGUCAGAACAGCUCACAAACGGAUCUCGCUGUCUGAAAACAACACUAAAGCGACAGUCUCGGACGACCCAGCUCAUUACCCGGAUAUCCCCCUUCGCUUUUCCGUCUGUUCCCAGGUGCUCUGCACGAAGGGUUUCUCUCAGGGCCGUCAUUAUUGGGAGAUCAAAAUGAGCAGUAACAACUUCUGCGGAUUGGGACUUGCAUAUGGAAGAAUUGAUCGCAAAGGUCCCUCUAGCCGGCUGGGGCGCAAUGCAGACUCCUGGUGUGUGGAGUGGUUCAACGUGAAGCUUUCUGCGUGGCACAACAGCGUUGAGACCGUGCUGCAGAAUCCCAACCCAAGCCGGGUGGGCGUCUUGCUGGAUUGCGAUCAGGGAAGUGCGACGUUCUAUACUGUGCAAGACCGGGCCUACCCUUUCCACACUUUUGUCUUUCCUUUCACUGAGGCUGUGUAUCCCGCUUUCUGGAUCUUCUCAAAUGGCUCCUCUGUCUCUUUGUGCAAGCUCAGCAACUGAAAGUCCAAGUGAGACUCAUUUUACUCAACUGAUGUUUUAUCUGUGGAACACAAAUUAAGAUAUUUGUAUUAUUUAGUCAUCUCUGUGUCCGUUCAGUAAGUUCACACAACAAGAAUGUGUGAAAUCUUUAUGGCUUUCGAUAGAUGGCCAAAAAUAUUAUCUUAUCAAUAAUAUCUUCAUUUUUGUUCCACAGAUGAUCAAAAGUCUUUUGAAACGGGUUUGAAAUGACAGGUGCAUAAGUAACAUUUUUGGGGACUAAUAUAGGCAAGAUUAAAGCAAAUAAUUUUUUUAUUCUAAUUUAGGUGUGUUGUGAAUGUCUUAAAGCAGUUUUGAUCUAUUAAUAAACUGUAUUCUUAAUGAUUUUUAAUGAUGACCAAAAAAAUAAAUAAAUAAAAGAUGGAUGACUGA